CACACACACACACUCUCACACAAGCACGCACAGCCGGACUCCUCUCCCUCCACCUCUGGAAUCUCCUCCUAUCUCUGCGCUCCCUGCUGCUACCUCUCCCUGCAGCUCCCGAGGCUUCCUUUCUGCUGUCCCCCUGGUUCUCAAGCACCUGUUGGACCACAGAGACAGUCGGCAGUCGGGAAGCCCAGUGCCAGGGGAGACGUGUGAAUGAGGGGCCGGAGGGGUGACCGGAUGACCAUCAACAUCCAGGAGCACAUGGCCAUCAACGUGUGUCCUGGUCCCAUUCGGCCCAUCCGGCAGAUCUCUGACUAUUUUCCUCGACUAGGGCCUGAGGGUGUCGGGAGUGGAGCAGACCCCCAAGCCCAGCUCUCCCCAGGGGCUGGGGCUGCAGCUACACCCAGCCUAACGCCCCUGGCUCUGUCUCCCGGGGCUGGUAUCCGAGGGGCUGGGGCCUCUGAGGAGGGGGCUGAAGUGGACAGCUAUGACUCAGAUGACACCACUGCCCUGGGCACUCUGGAAUUUGACCUUCUCUAUGACCAGGCAACCUGUACUCUCCAUUGCAGCAUCCUCAGGGCUAAGGGCCUCAAGCCCAUGGACUUCAAUGGUCUGGCUGAUCCCUACGUCAAACUACAUCUCCUGCCAGGGGCCUGCAAGGCCAACAAGCUGAAGACCAAGACACAGAGAAACACACUGAACCCUGUGUGGAAUGAAGACUUAAUGUAUCGGGGGAUUACUGAUGAGGACAUCACCCGAAAGGUGCUCAGGAUUUCUGUCUGUGACGAGGACAAGCUGAGCCACAAUGAGUUCAUUGGGGAGACCCGGGUACCACUUCGCCGUCUCAAACCUUCUCAGAAGAAGCACUUUAAUAUCUGUCUGGAGCGACAGGUCCCGCUGGCAUCCCCUUCCUCUAUGACAGCUGCCCUGAGAGGGAUUUCCUGUUAUCUGAAAGAGCUGGAGAGAGCAGAGCAGGGCCAGGGGCUGCUGGAGGAACGGGGUCGCAUCUUGCUCAGGCUCACCUACAGCUCUCACCGUCGGGGGCUGCUUGUCGGUAUUGUUCGAUGCGCCCAUCUUGCAGCCAUGGAUGUCAACGGCUACUCAGACCCCUACGUCAAGACGUACCUGAGGCCAGAUAUAGAGAAGAAAUCAAAGCACAAAACAUCUGUGAAGAAGAAAACUCUGAAUCCGGAGUUUAAUGAGGAAUUCUUCUAUGAGAUGGAGCUCCCGACUCUGGCCACGAAGACCUUAGAGGUCACAGUCUGGGACUACGACAUUGGCAAAUCUAAUGACUUCAUUGGUGGAGUAUCCUUGGGCCCCAAUUCCCGGGGAGAGGCCCUGAAACACUGGAGGGACUGCCUUCGACAAUCAGAUGUGACCCUGGAACGCUGGCACACCUUGACCAGUGAACUGCCCCCCGCUGCUGCCUCUUUUUCUACCUAAACCCCACAAAGAUCCCAGCCAACCAGCCCCACGGACACAAGCUAGUUCCUAACAAAGAAAGCAAGAGAACGUGGGAAACCAGGGGCUUCAGUUGGGUAGCUUCCCUUCACUCUUGGAAGUCAAGAGCUAGAAGGGGUGGGAAGAAGGAAACUAAGCUCUAUUAUUUCCUUAGGCUCAGGAAAGAGCAGAAAACUCUUGAUUAAGCCUUUCGAGAAAGAGGCCCUGGAGAACCUUAGCAAGAGUGGGGAGGAAAAAGGGGGCAAGGAACAGCCCCUUCUUGGGGGGAGGGGGGAACCACAGGGCCAUGUGAUUGUUACUCAACUUCGCACGAGUGUGUUGCACGUUUACAUGGGGGUGGGAGGAGCUUCCCCCUCUCUCCCCUCAACACUUCUUGUCUUAUUUUGUGAGAUUCACUUUGUUACUGUGGGGAUGUCUUUUUGUGAGGGAUGGGUGGGGCUAUAUAUGCAAACUUCCCACUGCCUGAUGGGAUACUAUAUGCAAAUGAACCAUACCACUCGCAUGUGCAAGGGGAGGGAGAGAAUUUAUUGCCCCACUCCCUCCCCCCAACCAGGUCAUUUCUCUUCUCAUCCACCUCUCCAAGCUGCCCCGGCAAAACUCCCCACAGUGGGAGUAACCCGGAUUAGGAGGGGGUUAAGGAGGGAGGACAUUUCAGAAAACAAAUAAAACCACCACAUACCCCUUUAAUAAAAGUCUGCAGUAAAAAAACAAAACAAAACAAAACAAACUAGCCCUAUCUAGCUGCCCCCUUACAGCAGUAGCUGAUGUGGGGGGGCUUUGCCUUCAGGAAGGGGAGGCAGAGGCCCCCUGGGGCUGCAUCCAGCAGCAGGGGUAAGGGGGCCCUGGGCUGACCUCUGAGUCUGUCUGCCUUCCCUGCGCGACGCUGGCUGCAAAUCCAAACACAGCGUGGGCCCACUUUCAGGGCCAGGAGCUGCCUCCCCACCUCUUCUCUGGGGGCGCCGUGCUGCAUGUUUACGCCUCUUCUGAUUGUCAAUGGCCGGACCAAUAAGACCGGGCAUCAAUAAAUGUCUCCAAAAACACGA